UUUAAGCAGAGCAGUAACUUGAACUGUUUAAGUUGAUCGAUAAAAUGGGUGACAAAGACAAACUGAUUUCUGAUGAGCCAAUCGAAGAUGACGUUAGCUUGGCAUCCUCCAAAAAGAUCAGAAACCAGGAACAGGACUUACGAGGACCCUGGUACUUGGCCACUGGUUUUCUACUGUUUUGGGCGCUCCUCUUCUCGGCUGUGGUAUUACCACUCUUUUACAGCAUUCCCACGGGAUUGACCAUUGAGGAUGCAUCCAAGGGCGUCUUCAUCGCCGAACGUGCCCAAAACAAUCUUUACAAACUGGCCGAAAUCGGUACCAAGGUCGUUGGCAGUGAUAACAAUGAGAACAAAACGGUCGACUAUCUGAUGGGCCUGGUGAAUGAGAUACAGGAGAAUUGCCUGGACGACUACUUCGACAUGGAAGUGGAUCUGCAAGAAGUCUCGGGUUCCUAUAUUCAUUGGACCAUGGUCAAUAUGUAUCAGGGCGUGCAGAACAUUGUCAUCAAGCUGAGUCCCAAGAAUACCACGAGUACCACUUACCUGCUCGUCAACAGUCACUUCGAUUCCAAGCCGACUAGUCCAUCAGCCGGCGAUGCUGGUCAGAUGGUGGUCGCCAUCCUGGAGGUCCUGCGAGUAAUGUGCUCGACCAAGCAAACCAUCAGACAUCCAGUCGUCUUUCUACUGAACGGAGCCGAGGAGAAUCCACUGCAAGCUUCGCAUGGCUUCAUUACCCAACACAAAUGGGCUAAAAACUGCAAGGUGGUUCUCAAUUUGGAUGCAGCUGGCAAUGGUGGUAGUGAUAUAGUAUUCCAAACUGGACCCAAUAGCCCUUGGCUAGUAGAAAAAUACAAAAAUAAUGCACCACACUAUCUGGCUACCACAAUGGCUGAGGAAAUCUUCCAAACAGGCAUCCUGCCCUCCGAUACUGAUUUCGGUAUCUUUGUCAAGUAUGGAAAUCUUAUUGGUUUGGACAUGGCCAAGUUCAUCAAUGGUUUCGCCUAUCACACCAAGUACGAUCAAUUCUCCAACAUUCCCAGAGGUUCCAUACAAAAUACGGGCGAUAAUUUGCUUGGUCUGGUGCGAUCCAUAGCCAAUUCUACGGAACUGGAUAACACAGCGGCUUAUGCGACAGGACAUGCCAUCUUUUUCGAUGUCCUGGGACUGUACUUCAUUAGCUAUACGGAGAGCAAUGGCGUUAUUCUCAAUUAUUCCGUGGCCGGAGUAGCACUUGUCCUGAUUUUCCUAUCCAUUUGGCGUACAGCAAGCAUUUCCCGUGUGUCCACAGGACACGUUCUCUGCUGGUUCAUUUUGAUCUUUGUGCUGCAGAUUAUAGCUUUUGUACUGGGACUCGGUCUGCCCAUAGUCGUAGCCUAUGUUUUCGAUAAGUACGGACUAUCCAUUACUUACUUCAGCACUCCGGUCCUGCUAAUCGGGCUCUACAUUUGCCCGAGUCUACUGGGAUUGAGCCUGCCAUCCUUCAUCUACCUGAAGUUGCAACGAAGUGAAAAGGUUGGAUUUGCUCAACAUCUGCAACUGGUUCUCCAUGGACACGCUGCAGUGCUGGCUAUCCUGGACAUUGGAUUGACCGUUUAUGGUCUGCGUAGCGCCUAUGUGCCCACCUGGACACUCAUCUUCUACGUCAUUCCCUUGGCCAUUAAUCUGCUGACCACUCUGCACGAUCGCGGCUUCUCCUGGACCGGUGUGCUCAAGAUAUUCCAAGUCGUUCCCUUCCUUUACAAUAGCUAUUUGAUUUACUGUUUCGUGGUGACUCUGAUACCCAUGAUGGGUCGUUUCGGCAGAGCAACCAACCCGGAUUUGAUUAUAUCGGCUUUGUGUGCUUUGGGAACCAUUUUGGCUUUGGGUUUCGUGAUACCCCUAGUUAACAUGUUCCGUCGUCCCAGUCUGAUCCUGCUCACCUUGUUGGCCAUAAGUGCUGUGACCAUUUACACGGCUAGCUCCACCCAAAUUGGUUUUCCCUACCGUCCAAAGACCAACGUUCAGCGACUUCCCUACCUGCAUGUACGACGAAUCUUCUACGAAUACGAUGGCACAGUUGUGAAGAAUGACUCCGGCUAUCUGUUCAACUUCCAGGAUCGUCGGGGACCAGCUCCCCUGAAGCUCUCCAAGUUGAAUACGACUGGAUUGGUCAGCAUUGCUGCGGACUGUGAUACGGUUAUGAUGUGCGGAUUUCCACUAUAUGAUCACCGAUGGGUUAAGAAUCGUCUGCAGAUAAUGUGGCUACCGAGAGAACAAGAAAUCAUUCCACCCUAUGAGACGGAACUUGAGCUUGUGUCCAAAAUUGAACUGGGAAACAAUAUAAUGCGCAUGAAUUUCAAAUCAGAUACUUCUGAUCAUGCCAGUGUGUUUAUCCAGCCGCUUGAAGAUGUUACCAUUUCAAACUGGAGCCUGCCCGAGAGUUACAUUGGCCAGCAGUCGACCUCCCAUCUGUACUUCUCAUAUGGCAAGAACAACUCGGCAUUGACUUUCUCUAUUGACUUUUAUAAACUCGAUGGCGACUUCAACGUACCCUUGUGUCAAAUCGGAUUGUCCGUCCAUUUCAUUGGCAACAAAGGCGAUGCAAUAAGUCAAGAGUUUGCCCAGAAGAUUCCAUCAUUUGCUGCCCCAGUGGAUUGGCCAGCUUCCUACCAACGGUACAUUUUCUAA